AUUUCUCACACACACAAACGCACCGCACCAAACAAACAAAGCCUCCCGGCCCUCUAUAUCAUAUUUCCUCUCUCUUUCUCUCCCUUAUCUUCUUCGAAAACCCUAGGUUCAGCUAUGAAAGGUGGGAAAUCCAGAGCCGCGGCGCCGAAGCGGUCCGAUACCAAGUUAAAGACGAAAAGCGCAGGGGCGAGCAAGGCGGCGAAGAAGGCUGGGAAGGAUCCGAACAAGCCAAAGAGGCCUGCCAGUGCCUUCUUCGUUUUCAUGGAGGAGUUUAGGGAGAAGUACAAGAAGGAGCAUCCCAACAACAAAUCGGUCGCCGCUGUUGGUAAAGCUGGUGGUGAGAAAUGGAAAUCGUUGUCUGAUGCUGAGAAAGCACCUUACCAGGCUAAGGCUGAGAAGAGGAAGGUUGAAUACAACAAGAACAUGGAUGUUUACAACAAGAAACAAGCUGAUGGAGAUAAUGGAGUUGAGGAAGAGGAGUCUGACAAGUCCAAGUCAGAGGUGAAUGAUGAGGAUGAGGAUGAUGAUGAGAGCGCUGGCGAGGAUGAGGACGAUGAUGAGUAGAGAAAUAUGACAAAUGGAGGAGAGAAGGAAGCAAUAUGUGUAGGGUUGCUUAGUUAAUGACCUGCAUUGUCUCUGAUUUAAGCUUUGUCUCAUGGAAAAUAGGAGUAGAGUAGGAAAAACAAAAACCAAGGGAUUAUCAACAGGGGCUUCUGCUACCUUAUAUCCCAUAUCUUUCUGUACUUAAUGAUCCUUUUAAUGUUUAAUGGUAUUCAGCUUGCUUGAUUAUAUAAUGGUUCAUCACUUUUCUUAU